AUGGUCAAGGACACGAAAUUCUACGAGACCCUGGGCGUCGACCCCAGCGCAUCUGAGGCUCAACUCAAGUCGGCAUACCGCAAGGGCGCUUUGAAGUACCACCCUGACAAGAACCCUUCUCCUGAGGCCGCCGAAAAGUUCAAGGAACUCUCACACGCAUACGAAAUCCUUGCCGACUCGGAAAAACGCCAGCUCUACGAUCAGUAUGGUGAAGAGGGACUCGAGCAAGGCGGUAUGGGAGGUGGCAUGAACGCCGAGGAUCUCUUCUCACAGUUCUUUGGCGGCGGCGGCGGCUUUGGCGGCAUGUUCGGCGGCGGCGGCGGCGGCAUGCGCGAGUCCGGUCCCAAGAAGGCUCGCACCAUUCACCACGUUCACAAGGUCUCUCUGGAGGAUAUGUACAAGGGCAAGAUCUCGAAGCUUGCUCUGCAAAAGUCCGUCAUGUGCCCCAAGUGCGAUGGCCGUGGUGGUAAGGAUGGUGCAGUCAAGACUUGCACAGGCUGCAACGGUCAAGGUAUGAAGAUGAUGAUGCGCCAGAUGGGUCCCAUGAUCCAGCGCUUCCAGACCGUCUGCCCCGACUGCAACGGAGAGGGCGAGAUCAUCCGCGAGAAGGACCGCUGCAAGCAAUGUCACGGCAAGAAGACCACAGUUGAGCGCAAGGUCUUGCACGUCCACGUCGACAAGGGUGUGCAGAGUGGUACCAAGAUCGAUUUCCGCGGAGAAGGUGAUCAGAUGCCCGGCGUCGAGCCUGGUGAUGUUCAGUUCGAGAUUGAGCAGAAGCCCCACGCCCGCUUCCAGCGCAAGGGUGACGACCUCUUCUACCAGGCCGAGAUUGAUCUUUUGACUGCUCUUGCUGGUGGUGCCAUCUACAUUGAGCACCUUGACGAGAGGUGGCUCACCGUUGAGAUCAAGCCCGGCGAGGUCAUUUCUCCAGGUGAGAUCAAGGUCAUCAGAGGCCAGGGCAUGCCUUCGUACAGGCACCACGACUUCGGCAACCUCUACAUCCAAUUCGACGUCAAGUUCCCCGAUGUCUUGCCCGGUCCCGAUGGUGGCGCCAUGACCGACGAGCAAAAGGCUGCUCUCGAAAGCGUCCUGCCUCCUCGCUCUCCCCAAAACGUCCCUCCACCGGACGCCAUGACAGAGGACUUCUCGCUCGACAAGGUCGACCCGAACCGUGAGUCCGCACGCGCACAACGUGGCGGUAUGGGCGAGGAUGACGACGAAGAGAUGCACGCAGGUGGGGAGAGAGUACAAUGUGCCUCCCAGUAA